AUGUCCUCCGGAGUUCCUACUCCUCGCCGCCAGGGCAGCCAGAUCGACUCGCCUGGCAUCCGGACGCCGCGUCGUCAGGGCAGCCAGUACGAGACCGGUGGUGUCCGGACGCCUCGUCGCCAGGGCAGCAUGUACGAGUAUAACAAGCCCAUCAAGCCAUUGGAGCCGCCCAAUGUCCUCGACCACUACAUCGGUAUCGACGUCGGUACCGGCUCCGCCCGCGCUUGCAUCAUCGACGAGGCUGGCGACAUCAAGGCACUGGCGGCCGAGGACAUCAAGCUCUGGAAGCCCGAAGUCGGUUACUACGAACAGUCCACCACAGAUAUCUGGCACUGCAUCUGCCAGUGUGUCCGCCGCGUCGUGGGCGAGGCGGCCAUUGACCCCGACUCGAUCAAGGGCAUCGGCUUUGACGCCACCUGCUCGCUCGCCGUUUUCCACACAGACACGGACGAGCCUGUCACCGUGACCGGGCCCGAUUUCUGGAACGAUGGCGAGGACCGCAACGUCAUCCUCUGGCUCGACCACCGCCCCGAGGAGGAGACGGACAAGAUCAACGCCACCAACCACAAGCUGCUCAAGUACGUCGGCGGCAAGAUGAGCAUCGAGAUGGAGAUCCCCAAGGCCCUGUGGCUCAAGAACAACAUGCCCCCCGAGCUCUUUGAGAAGUGCAAGUUCUACGACUUGACGGAUGCGCUCACCCACCUGGCCACCGGCAACGAGGUGCGCAGCUUCUGCAGCACCGUCUGCAAGCAAGGGUACGUGCCCGUCGGUGUCGAGGGCAGCGAGAAGGGCUGGCAGGAGGACUUUUUCGAGGAGAUUGGUCUGGGCGACUUGGCCCAGGACAACUUUAAGCGCAUGGGCGGUGUGCACGGCGUGAACGGCAAGUAUGCCAGUGCUGGUGACCAUAUUGGCGGGCUUUGCCGCACUGCCGCACUUCAGCUCGGUUUGCCCGUGGGUAUCCCCGUGGGCAGCGGUGUCAUCGACGCCUACGCUGGAUGGGUCGGUACUGUCGGCGCCAAGGUCAAGCUGACCAGCGAUGAGCUCAACCCUGAUCAACCCCACAACGACGUCUCCCAGGCCUUCUCGCGCUUGGCGGCCGUUGCUGGCACCUCCACCUGCCACUUGGCCAUGUCGAGGAACCCCGUGUUUGUCCCCGGUGUCUGGGGCCCUUACCGAGACGUGGUCCUGCCCGAGUUCUGGAUGGCCGAGGGAGGUCAGUCGGCGACGGGUGAACUGCUGCGCCACGUGCUCGACAUCCACCCCGCCUACAGCGAGACCCUCGCUCUCGCGCGCGCCGAGGACAAGCACCUCUACGACUUUAUGAACUCUCACCUCGAGUACAUGCGCGAGCAGAGGGGGGCGCCCACCAUCUCGUACAUGGCGCGCCACUACUUCUUCUACGGUGACUUUUGGGGCAACCGCUCCCCCAUCUCGGACGCGAGCAUGCGUGGCGCCAUGAUCGGCAUCGACAGCGACAAGAGCACCGACAACAUGGCCAUGUGGUACUAUGCCACCAUGGAGUUCAUCGCCAUGCAGACGCGCCAGAUCAUUGAGCAGAUGAACAAGGCCGGCCACCAGAUCUCGUCCAUCUUCAUGUCGGGCUCGCAAUGCCAGAACCCCAUCCUGAUGGAUCUCAUCUCCACCAUCUGCCAGAUGCCCGUCCUGAUCCCUCGCUACGUCCACGCCGCCGUUGUUCACGGCGCGGCCAUGCUUGGUGCCAAGGCGGCCAGCCACGCCUGGGCCCUGAGCGUGCCUGGUGCUGAGUCUGAGACGCUGUGGAGCAUCAUGGAUCGCAUGAGCAAGACGGGUCGCAUCGUCGAGCCCGGUCGGAACGAGAAGGAGAAGGCUCUGUUUGAUGCCAAGUACGAGGUCUUCCUCGAGCUGUGCAACAGCCAGCAGGCCUUCCGCAGCAAGAUCGACAAGGCUGUCGGUAGCUGGGAGCCGCCCAUCAUGUUCGGCUCGACGUCCAAUUCCGGAGGAGGAGGUCCCUUUGGCGGUGCCAACCAGAACAAACCGGCCACCGGCGGUGGUGCGCCAGCAAGCAGCACUGGAGGAAGCCUCUUUGGAUCCAGUCAGACGCUGGUCAACACGCAGGCUAACACUGGGCUUCCACGCUCCAACUUUCUGAAUUCCCAGAGCCAGAACCAGAGCCAGAACCAGAACCAAGGCUCGACCGGUCUUCUCUUUGGUCAAUCGACACAAACCCAACAACCAUCAUCACAGCCGACGAUGAGCCUCUUUGGCGCCUCGACUAAUAACAACACCACCUUGGGCUCGUCCAUGGCGCAACCGAGCAACCAGAGCAACACCUUCUCAAGCCUCAACCAGUCCCAGCAGCCGUCUAAUGGCCUCCGCGCUUCGACAAUGCCUGCGGGUGCCUACUUUGACAGCCUCCUCGCCAAGAGCCAGAAGGCAGGUGGUGAGGGCAAGAGCAACAUGGAGGACCUCCCCAGCCUCGAGCUCGGCCUGGGCGACCUGCGUCAUCGCCUGCGCAAACUCCAGUCGAAACCCAGCGAGCGAACCCUCGACGGCAAGGCGCACUAUCUGCUCGCCGGCUCGGGCAGUGGCGCGCCGGUCGAUGUCGAGACAUACCUUUCGAACCUGCAGACCAAGACCACGCUCGACAUGAUCGCCGAUGGGCUGGAGCGCUCUGCCAGGGACUUUGACAACUUUCUUGAGGAUAACGUGACGAUGGAGUGGGAGGCGCAGAGGAAGCGCAUCUAUGAACACUUUGGGAUCACGCCGCGAGAGGACAGUGGCGCCAGCCGCGAGUCACAGGCUGGCUUUGGGCGAUCGUCACGGCGUAGCAAGGGCCCAGGUGGGAUGUCCAAGGCCGGGAGGAGCAGUAUGUUUGGCAAGUCGGCUGCACGCUCCGUCAUCGGCGCCCCCAGCCGGAUUGGAACGCAUACGGCUGGCUUUGCGGACGUGGAGAGGUCCGUCGCCGACGCAGGUCCUUCGGCCACCCGUGCCAUGGACGAUCGGGCCACCCGUGACAAGCAGGCAAAGCUCGCCGAGAAGGUGCGCAACCUCAACGCCUGUCGUCUCUCGGAUCGGCCAUUCCCCAUCCUGGCUGAGCUGGCCGACGUGACGAGGAAGUCCACCGAGUCGCAUGCUGCGCAUGUCCACGAAGCGUACCUCGCCAUGACGGAGAUUGUCAACGAGAUCCCCAACGCGGCGACGUUUGUGAACAACGCCACGGCCAAGGAGCGCCAGUACGCGGAGCGGUACCUGGACCCCGACACCAACUCGCAAAACGCGGUCCACAUGAGGAAGCAGAUCCUCAAGGGCGCCAAUCGGUUCUUGGAGACGCAAUUCUUGCGCGAGGUGGAGGCUCUCAUUGCAAAGCAUCCGCAUGAGGCAAAGCUGGGAGGUAGGCCCACCAUCACCAGCAAGAUCAAGGCGUACGUUCGUCUCCGGGCGGCGAGAAAGGACCUCGUGCCGGACGGCGUCGAGCCCACCUCCAUGGAGGUCAAGCAAGAAGGGGGCCACAUGGAGCGAGAGUACGUCUGGGCGGUGGCCUUCUACCUACUCCGCUCCGGCCACGUCAAGCAAGCGUCCGAGUACUUUAGGAACAACUGGGAGAUGUUUAAGAGUCUAGACCUAGGGUUCCCGCUGUUCGUGGCCAGCUACGCCACGAGUGAGGACAGGCGACUCAGCAGCAAGAAGGCCGCGGUGGACUGCGCGAAGCACUACGCCAACCUGCUCAAGAACAAGGACAUGGUGGAUCCCUUCCGUCUGGCGUGCUACAAGGUGGUCGGCCGUGUCGACCUGAGCGACCGCAACCUCGACGGUCUGAACACGGACAUCAACGACUGGAUCUGGCUGCAGUUCAACCUGGCGCGCGAGACGGACAAGACCAUCGAGAUGGCGGGCGAGUCGUACGGCCUGGCCGAGGUGCAGACGACGAUCCGCGAGAUUGGCCAGAAACACUUCCCCAAGGGGCCCGGGGAGAACAAUAACGGCAGCUUUGGCAUGUACUUUUACCUCCAGCUGCUCUGCGGCCUGUUUGAGGAUGCGGUCGCCUACCUGUACCUCUUCUCGUACGUGGACGCGGUCCACUUUGGUCUCGCGCUGGCGUUCUAUGGACUGCUGCGGCCCAGCGACGCCAUGUCCGAGUCCAACGACUUGAGGACGUACAGCACCAAGAACCUGCCGCAGAUCAAUUUUGGCCGGAUGCUCGGGUACUACACGCGUGACUUCCGAGCCGCCGACGUGGUCUCUGCGGUGGACUACCUCACGCUCAUCUGCCUGAACAGCGAUCUCGGUGGUGAGGCGGGGCGACGACACUCGGAGCUCUGCCACGAGUCGUUGCGCGAGCUCGUUCUCGAGACGAGGGAGUACAGCAAGCUCAUUGCCGACAUUCGACCAGACGGUCGCCGCAUCCGCGGCGUCAUUGAGGAACGGGGACGACUCAUCGACAUUGACGGCGAGGAGCAGUUUGUCAACACGGUCACGCUGCAGGCGGCCAGCUUUGCGGAUGAGAACGGCCGGACGACGGACGCAGUGCUGCUCUACCACCUGGCGGGCGAAUACGAUACCGUCGUGGCUAUUGUCAGUCGUGCACUGAGCGAGGCGAUUGCGCAGGAGAUUGGCGAGGAUCCCAUGCGUCUCAUGCCCGUCAAGCCACGCGCUGUGGGCGACGCGGAGGCACCGCCCGGCAGCAGCCUGAGUCUCGCGGCCAUUGACGACCCCGUCGAGCUGGCGAGGACGAUGAUGCAAAUCUACGAUCAGGAUGCCAUGUACUCGAACAAGAUCAUGGGCCCAACGAGAGAGGCGUGCCACGUGCUCUUGCGGAUGAGCACGAUCAAGACAGGCAUGGAGCAGGGACAGUGGGCCAACUGUCUGGAUGCGAUCCGCGAACUCGAGAUCCUCCCUCUCCAGGCCCGGGGCGACCCGAGCGCCAUCCGCGCCUACGCCGCCAAGUUCACCGGCCUCCCGCAGCCGGUGGCCAUCAAUGUGCCCAACCUGCUGCUCUGGACGAUUGCGUGCUGCACCCGCCAGCGCGCGACCCUGUCCCGGGACGGACAGUACAGCGGGAACGAGGGCACCAAGCGGCAGAUCCUCGAGCACCUGCGGCAGAUUACGCUCGACUUGACGACGUACACGAGCCAGCUCAAGUACCGGUUCCCGCCGCACCUGCACGAGGCGCUGGCGCGGGCGUCGGCUGUUGAUAUCCCAUGA